AAGAACAAAGGAGCGAACAAAAGCAAGAGUGACUGCGGCCCUCUCUCUCUUUCUCUUUCUCAAAUCUCCACUUUUCUUUUAACCUUCGCGCUUUCUCUCUCCAAACCCAUAAACCCUAACUUGUAUUUCACACGCACCCACAUUAUAUAUACAUACAUAUAUAUACAGACAGAGGAAGAGACGAUUCCAACAUAUAUGCACACGCAAUCUAGCGACUGAAACAGAGUAAGCUCCAAUACAACAUGGCUGCUCUACCAGGUGAAAAUCUGAAGCACCAUCAGAAUUUCACUGUUGCUUCUAUUACUUUGCUCUCAUCAAACCCACCAAACUCUGUCUCUGGUCCUCUUUCGGCGACAUUUGGUUCCGCUUCAGGGUUCCCGGAGCUACGGUUCUUAUUAGAGCCCGACGGACAACACUCUAUUCACUUCGACCUUCGAACCACUCAGCUUUUCAGAUUGGGUGAAGUUCAAUCUCUUUGUGUAUCCGAAGGCUCUGAAACCACCAAAGAGAAAAUUUAUUCGAAGGGAGUAACUGUUAUAUUUAAAGAUGAGGAGGAAAAUAGCUCCUUCCAUGGUGCAUUUGAGCAAUGGAAAACAGAAGUGGUUAUUCAAGGAUCAGAUCUACCAAAUGGAACACUUUCUUCUUCUAAAAGCAAGUUUGAUGAUAAAAUAGAAGCUUCUUCUGCAAAAAUGUAUUUCCAUUACUAUGGACAACUUCUUCAUCAGCAAAAUAUGUUGCAGGAUUAUGUGAGAACAGGAUCCUAUUAUGCUGCAGUAAUUGAAAACCAAGCAGAUUUUGUUGGGCGUGUAGUGGUUGAUGUAGGUGCAGGAAGUGGCAUACUAUCCUUAUUUGCUGCUCAGGCUGGUGCUAAACAUGUUUAUGCUGUGGAAGCAUCUGAAAUGGCUGACUAUGCUCAGAAGCUCAUUGCUGGGAAUCCUAUUUUGGGACAAAGAAUUACGGUCAUCAAGGGCAAAGUGGAAGAUGUUGAAUUGCCUGAAAAAGCAGAUAUAUUGAUCUCAGAGCCAAUGGGCACAUUGUUAGUGAAUGAAAGAAUGUUGGAAUCAUAUGUGAUUGCAAGAGAUCGAUUUCUUGUUCCUAAUGGGAAAAUGUUCCCUACUGUUGGAAGAAUUCAUAUGGCACCAUUCAGUGAUGAGUAUCUGUAUGUUGAGAUUGCAAACAAGGCCCUCUUUUGGCAACAACAAAACUAUUAUGGUGUUGAUUUAACAGCUUUACAUGGAACUGCAUUCCAAGGAUAUUUUUCACAGCCAGUGGUUGAUGCUUUUGAUCCGAGGUUAUUAGUGGCUCCUGCUGUUUCCCAUGUCAUUAAUUUUACUACUGUCAAGGAAGAGGAUUUGUAUGAAAUUGACAUUCCACUGAAAUUCACUGCUUCUGUGGGCACAAGGAUACAUGGUUUAGCAUGUUGGUUUGAUGUUCUCUUCAAUGGAAGCACAGUGCAAAGGUGGUUGACAACGGCCCCUGGUGCACCCACAACUCACUGGUAUCAACUUCGUUGUGUUCUGUCACAACCAAUUUAUGUGAUGCCUGGUCAAGAAAUAAGUGGUCAUCUUCACAUGAUUGCACACAGUGCUCAGAGUUACACAAUUAACCUCACCCUAUCAGCUAAAAUGUGGGGCCCGGGUGCUGAACAAGGAGGAAUACUACAAACAUCAAGCUGCAGACUGGAUCUAAAAGAGCCAUAUUAUCGAAUGUCUCAACCACAAGCCUACUCAUCCGCCCAAGAUCAGCAGCAGCCAAAUCAGCUCUUACAAUCACAGGAUUUACACCUUCCAUCCCUGGAUGAAGAUGGGUCGGAUUUCAUCCAACAACCAUCCAAUGAUUCAAGUGUCCAGAUUCAUUGAGGAUUCAUGAAGAAAUGCAUUUGAGAGUUGAGACCUAUUUAUAUUUAUACAAAUGGUCAAAGUCAAAGCUCUCAGAAAUGUGAUCCAUCCAUGAUGUAACAUUAUACAAGGCACCAUGAAAAUGAAAAAUGUCACACCGCUUCUUUCCAAGACUGCCCUUUUACUACUACUAUUGUAUUUGUUUCAAUGCCUGUAAAUUAGGUUGACUUGGUUGACCUUUUUAUUGCUUUUUUACUCUUUAGAGUCUUCUUCGCAACUAUGUUGACUAAUAAUUAAUUUCUAGCUUUAAAGAAGUUGAAUGGUGUUCCCAUGAAAAAGCCAUUCGGUGAGCUUUGUAGGUUGUUUUUGAUGCGGAGUGUGAUAAAGGGCAUUCAUGUCUUUUAAAUUGUUCAA